AUGCCUGUCCGUAAAUCCAAAGCAAAACAGAAAGCUUCGCAAUCGGAAAUGGCAAUUACUGCAAUUGCAUCAGUAGUAUCUCCAGUUCCGGAGAGUCUCUCUGGCAACCAGCAAGCUUCGUCAUAUACUACAGUGGACCUGCCAUCGGGAGAAGUCCCCUCCAAAGACCAGCCCACUCUGGAGGGUCUGCCGGAAGAUCGGCAACCAGCGGGAGGCCCUGCAACGGACUUACCAGCGGUAGAAAGCCCCUCCGAAGACUCACCAACUAUAACAGGCCCAUCUGGAGACCCGAAACUAGCGGAGGAUCUCACAGCUAUCCCACCUGCAAAGGAGCUCUCAACAACUCCGCCACAGUUAGAAAGCCUCCCCAAAGGCCAACCAAUAACGCAAAUCCAACCUGGAGAUCAUCAAACUGCAGAAGGCCCAAUAACAAGCUAA